AGUUAGUAAUACAAUGAGUUCCUUGUAUAUCACAUUUCCUUUCUUUUUUAUUCAUUUACAUGUAAUUAUGUAAUGUUUUUUGUUUUCUUCUUUGUUCUCACAUUUUCAUAUUUGUACAUAUGUUAAUGAUUCAUCCUUAAUGUAACAUAUUUAUAUUUCUAAUAUAGGAAUAAAAUAUUGAUUGAAUGAAUGAAUGCAAUGUUUCAAUUCGUGUUUAGAACGGCUUUGUUGGGAUACGUGGAUGUCUGGCGAACUGCAUAAACCCUCAUAUACCUGCGCAUAUUUGAGAGUGACGAAUGUGGCACAGUUCUUUAGCAAUCAGUGAAUAUGUAUUGCUACAUCAGAUUGUAUUCCAUUGUCUGGGUGUCGAUGCUUUCUGUGUACACCGCAUUCGGGGCGCGUGUCCAAGAUGACCCAUCUCAAGGUCUCCCGCCAACUGGAGAAAAUAUGGACGAUUUUCCUUUUGAUAAUGGUGACAGCAAUGGCGUUGAUUUUAUUCAGGAGAAAGGUGGAUACCCGCCUACCCCUCCACAGGAUAUACACCUGGACCAAUCUCUUUUUGACCGGAAGUUGCUUGGAAUUCCAUGGUACGAGUGCCUCACAGUUGGCUUGGUUGUUGUAAUGGCUGCAGGCAUAGGAGGAAGUGUUGUUAUCGUCUGCAAAAAAUGCGGCGGCUUGGCGGGAAGGCGAUCCAGAAAAAAUCGAGAAAAUGAUGAAAUUCCUAUGUCUACACCGCCAAUUGUUACCAGUAUUUCAAAUGUCAUGUGAUAAGGACAUGUAUGCUAUCUUGAGCUCCAUCCAGUAUGUAAUAAAAACUUUUUAAAUUUAA